AUGCUCAUCCACACCGCGGAAAUAUUCGACAACAAGGCAUACCCGGGGAGGUUCAGCCUGCUUGGUCCCUUGAUCAUCUCGGGGGUGAGACGGAGCCUAGUCUUUCCAGAAGCCAUCCUGUGCCAAGAUCUUAGGACGCUGCAUGGAGCUUUCAUUCGGGAGUGGAUCGCCAUACCUCGGGUUGUCACAAUAACCAUGGUGAGCAGGAUGAAGUCAAAAUACACCGAUGGAGAGAGUGGGCGAACCAGUGACAAGUGUCAGGUUGGACGUAAUGCACAGAAGCACUCCUGGAAACGCAACAUCAAAUGCCCAGAACAGACAGAACAAGUAAAUGGAGGACAGAGGUCGACAGAACAAGUCAAUGGAGGACAGAGGUCGACAGAACGAGUCAAUGGAGGACAGAGGUCGACAGAACAGCAGAUAGGGGAGAAGCCGAUGGAGGACAGACGUCGACAGAACAAGUCAAUGGAGGACAGAGGUCGACAGAACGAGUCAAUGGAGGACAGAGGUCGACGGAACGGCAUAUAUAGGACAAGCCUAACUGGAGAAGAAGCAUUAUCAGAAGGAGAAGAAGCAUCAUCAGGAGGAGAAGAAGCAUCAUCAGAAGGAGAAGAAGCAUCAUUAGGAGAAGAAGCAUCAUCAUCAGAAGAAGCAUAUCAGGAGGAGAAGAAGCAUCAGAAGGAGAAGAAGCAUCAGAAGGAGAAGAAGCAUCAUCAGAAGGAGAAGAAGCAUCAUCAGAAGGGUCAGGAGAAGCAUCAUCAGGAGGAGCAUCAUCAGAAGGGUCAGGAGAAGCAUCAUCAGGAGAAGCAUCACCAGGAUGAGCAUCAUCAGAAGGGUCAGGAGAAGCAUCACCAGGAGGAGCAUCAUCAGAAGGGGUCAGGAGAAGCAUCACCAGGAGGAGCAUCAUCAGAAGGGUCAGGAGAAGCAUCAUCAGAAGGGUCAGGAGAAGCAUCAUCAGAAGGGUUGGGAGAAGCAUCAUCAGAAGGGUCAGGAGAAGCAUUGUCAGAAGGGUCAGGAGAAGCAUCAUCAGAAGGGUCAGGAGAAGCAUCAUCAGAAGGGUCAAGAGAAGCAUCAGAAGAAGGGUCAGGAGAAGCAUCAUCAGAAGGGUCAGGAGAUGCAUCAUCAGAAAUGUCAGGAAGAGCAUCAUCAGAAGGGUCAGGAGAAGCAUCAUCGGAAGGGUCAGGAGAAGCAUCACCAGGAGGAGCAUCAUCAGAAGGGUCAGGAGAAGCAUCAUCAGAAGGGUCAGGAGAAGCAUCAGAAGAAGGGUCAGGAGAAGCAUCACCAGGAGGAGCAUCAUCAGAAGGGUCAGGAGAAGCAUCACCAGGAGGAGCAUCAUCAGAAGGGUCAGGAGAAGCAUCACCAGGAGGAGCAUCAUCAGAAGGGUCAGGAGAAGCAUCAUCAGAAGGGUCAGGAGAAGCAUCAUCAGAAGGGUUGGGAGAAGCAUCAUCAGAAGGGUCAGGAGAAGCAUUGUCAGAAGGGUCAGGAGAAGCAUCAUCAGAAGGAGAAGCAUCAGAAGAAGGGUCAGGAGAAGCAUCAUCAGAAGGGCCAGGAGAAGCAUCAUCAGAAGGGUCAGGAGAAGCAUCACCAGGAGGAGCAUCAUCAGAAGGGUCAGGAGAAGCAUCCCUAGGAGGAGCAUCAUCAGAAGGGUCAGGAGAAGCAUCAUCAGAAGGGUCAGGAGAAGCAUCAGAAGAAGGGUCAGGAGAAGCAUCACCAGGAGGAGCAUCAUCAGAAGGGUCAGGAGAAGCAUCACCAGGAGGAGCAUCAUCAGAAGGGUCAGGAGAAGCAUCAUCAGAAGGGUCAGGAGAAGCAUCAGAAGAAGGGUCAGGAGAAGCAUCAGAAGAAGGGUCAGGAGAAGCAUCAUCAGAAGGGUCAGGAGGAGGUCAGGAGAAGCAUCAUCAGAAGGGUCAGGAGAAGCAUAAGCAGGAGGAGAAGCAUCAUCAGAAGGGCCAGGAGAAGCAUCAUCAGAAGGGUCAGGAGAAGCAUCACCAGGAGGAGCAUCAUCAGAAGGGUCAGGAGAAGCAUCACCAGGAGGAGCAUCAUCAGAAGGGUCAGGAGAAGCAUCAUCAGGAGAAGCAUCAUCAGGAGAAGCAUCACCAGGAGGAGCAUCAUCAGAAGGGUCAGGAGAAGCAUCACCAGGAGGAGCAUCAUCAGAAGGGUCAGGAGAAGCAUCAUCAGGAGAGGCAUCAGAAGAAGGGUCAGGAGAAGCAUCAGAAGAAGGGUCAGGAGGAGCAUCAUCAGAAGGGUCAGGAGAAGCAUCAGGAAAAAGAUGGGGAGACUGUUCAGAAGAUGAAAGCAUCAGAAGAAGGAUCAGGAGAAGCAUCAGGAUAA